CUUCGUUUCUGCUUUAUAUCCUCAGAAAGACAGUAAAGAAGACUAGAAGACUAGAAGACUAGAAGAAAAGAUACAGCAAAGAGAAUGUCGUCGAAUUCGAUAAAGCUGCUUGCGGGAAACUCGCAUCCUGAGCUGGCGAAGCUGGUGAGCAUGCGACUCGGAAUCGAGCUCGCGAAAAUCGCAGUCUUUCAAUACUCCAACCAAGAGACCUCGGUCACCAUCGGCGAGUCUGUUCGUGACGAGGAUGUCUUCAUCCUGCAGACCGGCUGCGGCGAGAUCAACGACAACCUCAUGGAGCUCCUCAUCAUGAUCAACGCCUGCAAGACCGCCUCCGCGCGACGUAUCACCGCCGUGAUGCCCAACUUCCCCUACGCGCGCCAGGACAAGAAAGACAAGUCGCGCGCGCCCAUCACCGCAAAACUCAUGGCAAACAUGCUCCAGACCGCGGGCUGCAACCACGUCAUCACAAUGGACCUCCACGCGUCCCAGAUCCAGGGCUUCUUCGACGUCCCCGUCGAUAACCUCUACGCCGAACCCUCGGUGCUCAAGUACAUCCGCGAGUCCGUCGACUACGCCAACGCCGUCAUCGUCUCCCCCGACGCCGGCGGCGCGAAGCGCGCGGCUGCGCUCGCAGACAGACUCGACCUCAACUUUGCGCUCAUCCACAAGGAGCGACAACGCGCAAACGAGGUCUCCCGCAUGGUCCUCGUCGGCGACGUCGCGGGCAAAGUCGCCCUCCUCGUCGACGACAUGGCCGACACCUGCGGCACCCUCGUCAAAGCCGCCGAGACCCUGACCACCCACGGCGCCGUCGGCGUCGUCGCCAUCGUCACCCACGGCAUUCUCUCCGGCAAAGCAUGCGAGCGCAUCUCCGCCAGCAAGCUCACCCGCGUCAUCUGCACAAACACCGUCCCGCACGACGACAAGAAGCUCAUUUGCCCGAAACUGGAUACAAUCGACAUCAGUCCGACCCUGGCCGAGAGCAUACGUCGGUUGCACAACGGCGAGAGCGUGUCCUAUCUCUUCAACCAUGUUCCUUUGUAGUUUCAUCUUUAGGCGUUUGUUUUGUUGAUCUUGUCUGUAAUAUUUUUUUUUAUUCUUUUGAUUCUUUUGUAAUAUUGGUGCAAUAAACUUCCCUACUAUAAGUAUUCCAUAUAUAUCUACAUUUAUAUGAUCAUCUUUGCGAUGCUCUCAUGUCUGUGUUAUAAUUUAUGAUCUUCUUGGUGCAAUAAAACUUCUCCA